AUGUACAAGAAGGAAACAAAAUGCACCCACUCACCCAAUAUCAGGCUCACACUUGAAUGUAUCAUGAUCAGGCAAUGCACUGACAUGAAAAAACUGCCCCAAUAUGCUGGUCAUCUCCAUCGCCCUCCCGGUCAAAAAAAAGCUCCUCGGAAUCCACCAGGGAAAACCAGGAGGAGCAGAAACCCCACUACUACUGCUCCCUCCAAAUCCGUCGAGACUGCUACCGCCGACCUCGGAAAACAGCAACGGCAGCAAAGGGGACACGCUCGACUUGUUCUUCUCGCCAUCGGGGAACAUAUCGGGAUUCCCCAAGUGAAUCCUGCAGUACGAAACCGCCAAUUUCUUAGCUUGCCUCACCACAAUUUCCAUCUCCGAUCUAACGCCCUUAUCCUUCAUGGACGCGAUUUUCCUCCCUUCUUCGUGCGCGCGGCGGUACGAAUUGAGCAGGUACUGGAACGGCGGCUCGGCCGCCGGGAAUUCGCCGGAGAGGCGAUCGAUCACUACUCUCUCCAUCAAGUCGCGGGAAAGCCGCAAAUCCCUGCCCUCGCUCAGAAUCUCGGCGGCCGGUACAUCGAAUGUACUUAUUAA